UAUAAACACCGGUUCUCCCUUUCUUUUUCCCCCACACCUAAGCCAUCAUCUUUAUUUUAUAACAGCAACAACUAUCUCUAUCUCCAUAUACUCUCUCUCUCCUUUUCCUCUCUCUCAUACACACUUUCAGACCCAUCUCUUUCUCUCAUUUCAAACUACAAAAACCAUGCCUGAAGCACCAAAAAACUCUUUGAAUCCCUCAGUGGACUAUUAUCUCCAAGACAAAAACGAGAAGGCCCUUCAGUUCAUUGAAGAAGUCACAGAAAACGCCGAUGAGGUUCAGAAGCGUGUGCUUGCUGAAAUCUUGGCUCGCAAUGCUCAUGUUGAGUACUUGCAGCGACAUGGCCUUAAUGGUCACACUGACCGUGACACUUUUAAAAAAAUCAUCCCUGUCAUCAAAUAUGAAGAUAUCGAAGCUGAUAUCAACCGUAUUGCCAAUGGUGACACCUCCCCAAUCCUCUGUUCUAAGCCCAUUUCUGAGUUUUUGACAAGCUCUGGGACAUCUGGUGGAGAGAGAAAAUUGAUGCCAACAAUUGAAGAGGAGCUUGAGAGAAGGUCACUGCUUUAUAGCCUUUUGAUGCCUGUGAUGAGUCAAUCUGUGCCUGAAUUGGACAAAGGCAAAGGAAUGUACUUUUUGUUCAUAAAAUCAGAGGCCAAAACACCCGGGGGGCUUGUGGCAAGACCAGUUCUCACAAGCUAUUACAAAAGCUCUCAUUUCAAACGAAGGCCUUAUGACCCUUACACAAACUACACCAGCCCAAAUGAGACCAUUCUCUGCCCUGACUCUUACCAAAGCAUGUACUCCCAACUGCUCUGUGGCCUUUGCCAAAACAAAGAGGUCAUCAGGGUUGGUGCUGUUUUUGCCUCUGGGUUCAUCAGAGCCAUCAGAUUCCUUGAGAAGCAUUGGCCUAGUCUCUGCAGGGACAUAGCCUCUGGCACUCUAAACCCCCAAAUCACUGACCCUUCAGUGCGUGAGGCUGUGAUGAAAACCCUCAAGCCUGAUCCAAAGCUUGCAAAUUGCAUUGAAACUGAGUGUGGGAAGAAGUCUUGGCAAGGGAUCAUAACAAGACUUUGGCCCAACACAAAGUAUGUGGAUGUGAUUGUGACUGGGACUAUGUCACAGUACAUUCCCACACUGGAUUAUUACAGCAAUGGGCUGCCUUUGGUUUGCACCAUGUAUGCUUCUUCUGAGUGCUAUUUUGGUUUGAAUCUCAACCCUUUGUGCAAACCCAGUGAGGUCUCUUACACCCUCGUUCCCUCCAUGGGCUACUUCGAGUUCCUCCCAGUUCAGAGAAACAAUGGGAUCAACUCCAAUUCUCUCUCUGUCCCCAAAUCACUCAAUGAGAAGGAGCAACAAGAAUUGGUUGAUCUUGUUGAUGUCAAGCUUGGCCAAGAGUAUGAGCUUGUUGUCACAACCUAUGCUGGGCUAUAUCGUUAUAGAGUUGGAGAUGUGCUGAGAGUGGCUGGUUUCAAGAACAAGGCUCCACAAUUCAACUUCGUAUGCAGGAAAAAUGUGGUCCUAAGCAUUGAUUCAGACAAGACUGAUGAGGUUGAGCUGCAAACCGCAGUGAAGAAUGCUGUGAGCCAUUUGGUCCCAUUUGAUGCAACUGUCUCUGAGUACACAAGUUUUGCAGACACAUCAACAAUCCCAGGCCACUAUGUGCUGUUCUGGGAGCUUUGCCUUAAUGGCUCAACCCCUAUCCCUCCCUCAGUUUAUGAGGACUGUUGCUUGGCCGUUGAAGAAUCCCUCAACAGCGUUUACCGGCAAGGCCGAGUCUCAGACAAAUCCAUUGGGCCCCUGGAGAUCAAGAUCGUGGAGGCAGGGACUUUUGACAAGCUCAUGGAUUAUGCCAUUAGCUUGGGAGCUUCAAUCAACCAGUACAAGACACCAAGAUGCGUCAAAUUUGCACCCAUUGUCGAGCUCUUGAACUCGAGGGUGGUCUCAAACUACUUCAGCCCCAAGUGCCCAAAAUGGGUUCCAGGCCACAAGCAAUGGUGCAACCUUGAUUAGAAAGGAAGGAAAAUAAAUGAAGGGGUCUUAGCUUUAUCUGCUUUUCUGGCCUCUUAAUUGAUUUGUUGUAGCUGCUUUCAUGGAGGUUCACAAGAACUGUUUUUGUGAUCAUCUUUAGGGAAAAGUAACAACUACCCAUUUUAGGUUAACCUUUAUGCUUUCAUGUUCAUCUUUUUUUAAUUUACUUUUUUGAAGUUUUUAGCGGCUGUUUAAUUAAUAUGCAUAACCAUGUACAAAAACAGUUCCUGUUUCAACGAAGCUCUUUUUUUUUU